GUGAUAUCGUAGGAGGCUCUCUUUAUACCAGGGUCGGCGUUGACGAUGGCACAGACGGGGCCGCCGCCUAUGAAGGCGGGGAGACUCUAUGUCAACCCAGAGGAGGAGGAUCAGAUGGAAAUCUCCGGGUUUAGGCCCCAUAAACUGAAGACAGCUGUCGUGUGGUUCUUCAUCAUCAUCACGGUCGGCCUGCUGCGACUCUUCUUCUAUUGGCUGCCACACCUGUUUGUAAAGGCCACCCACUCCAGGUGCUCACUGGUGGAUGCUACGACAGUGUUAUUGAAGGACCAGUGGAAGGACUGGUUUAAAUCCACUGUGAAAACACAAGACCUGACGGGCCACUCCAAUAACACCCAGACGCCGCAGCGGGCACAAGCCUCCAACGUAUCAACCAAGAAGGGAAGUGGUCUAAUACGGUACUUUAUCUGCAAGAAAAUCAAGUAUAUUUGGGACACAGAAAAGAAAGAAUUUACACGACUGAGAGGGUUUGACAAGGACAAGGAGUGUACCUUCUUCCACCAACAAACAGGCCUGGCGUAUGAUGAACAAAGAACGAGACAAGUUCUGUAUGGUGUCAACUCCAUUCGAGUCCACGUGAUGCCGAUUAUCAAGAUAUUGUUCAAAGAGGUGCUGUCCCCCUUCUAUGUGUUUCAAGUCUUCAGCGUCUCUAUCUGGUAUGCUGACGACUACACCAUCUACGCCAGCUGCAUCGUCUUUAUCUCCAGCCUCUCCAUCAUCAUUACCAUCUACCAGACGAGGAAGAUGCAGAGAGCUCUCCGCAGCACCAUCAGCUCCUCAACCAUCGUCACCGUGUGUCGUGGCGGGGACGUGUACGAAGACAUAUCGUCAGAAGACCUUGUGCCUGGUGACGUCAUAGAGGUGCCUCGACACGGCUGCAUGAUGCAGUGUGACGCCGUCCUCAUCAACGGCAACUGCAUCGUCAACGAGAGUAUGCUGACAGGCGAGAGUGUGCCUGUGACCAAGACGCCGCUCCCCAACCCCCUGCACGCCUCCAGCCCGGAGGCAAUGUUUGACAUCAAGAAGCACUCCCGUCACAUCCUCUUCUGUGGCACUCACGUCAUCCAAACUCGCUACUACGGCAGCCGUAGAGUCAACGCCAUUGUCCUCAGAAGUGGUUUCCUUACGGCUAAGGGUGAGUUGGUUCGUUCCAUCAUGUUCCCGAAGCCGGUCGACUUCAAGUUCAACAGGGACACCUAUUGGUUCAUCGGUAUCCUUGGUUUCAUCGCAUCACUGGGUUUCAUCUACACAGUAGUAUUGAUGGUGAGGAACAACGACACCGUGGGAGAUAUCAUCAUCCGGACGCUGGAUCUACUUACAAUAGCGGUACCCCCAGCCCUCCCGGCUGCCCUCGGUGUUGGCAUCGUAUUUGCCCAGCAGCGGCUGAAGAAGGCAGGCAUCUUCUGCAUCAGCCCUCGCGGCAUCAACAUCUGCGGCACCAUCAACGUUGUCUGCUUCGACAAGACAGGAACCUUGACGGAGGAUGGUAUGAAGAUGAUGGCCGUGGUGCCUUCCUCCAGUGGAGCGUUCAGAGACGAAAUUCGCAACAUGAGCAAGUUACACAAUCCGCAGAUCGUCAGUGCCAUGGCAACCUGCCACUCUCUCACUAUUAUAGAUGGUCACGUGGCUGGAGACCCCCUGGAUCUCAUCAUGUUCGAGGCUGUUGAUUGGGUGUUGGAGGAGCCUGGUGAGGAGGAGACAAGGUUUGACAUGAUGGUGCCCACCAUUGUUCAUCCCCGAACCAGGAACAACUCCGUUCCAGAAGACGACAGUCAGCCAAUGGGAGAAGACAUCGGCGUGGUGAGACAGUUUACCUUCUCCUCCAGUCUACAGAGAAUGUCGGUCAUCACACGGAACCUCGGUGCCAACAACUUUGACCUGUUCGUGAAGGGAGCGCCUGAGAUGAUCACAAGCCUCUCCAUGGCUGAAACAGUCCCUGCCAACUUCCACGAUGUACUGAUGGCCUACACACAGCAUGGCUACCGGGUCCUCGCUCUGGCCUGGAAGGCCUUGCCACGGAAACUGAACUAUGCCAAACUCCAGAGAAUAACGCGGGAGCAGGUGGAGAAGGAUCUCAACUUCCUGGGGCUGCUGGUGAUGGAGAACUGCCUGAAGCCGGAGACCACCCCUGUCAUCCAGACACUACGGGAGGCCGCCAUCAGAAACAUCAUGGUUACAGGUGACAACAUGUUGACUGCCCUGAGCGUGGCCCGGGAGUGUUGUAUGGUAGAUCCCACAGAUCGUAUCAUCCUUGUCCAAGCCUACCCUCCACAGGCCGACAAGACAGGUCCAGAAAUAGAGUUUGUUUUCGCCGAUGAGAAGGAAAAGAAAUUUGGCAAGGAUUCCAUCGCCCUACAGAUGGACAACGACAGUUUCCGCUUCGCUCUGACGGGGAAGUCCUGGGCUGUCAUAAGACAGCAUUUCCCCGACCUGAUGUCGAAGAUCGUCGUCAAGGGGACUGUCUUUGCACGCAUGGGACCAGAGCAAAAGGCGCAGUUGGUGGAGAGCUUGCAGGCAUUAGAUUACUAUGUCGGAAUGUGUGGUGAUGGGGCUAACGACUGCGGAGCACUGAAAACAGCCCAUGCCGGCAUAUCUCUGUCGGAGGCUGAAGCUUCUGUAGCCUCGCCUUUCACGUCCAAGAAGCCCACCAUCGAGUGUGUGCCUAAUGUCAUCAGGCAGGGCCGAGCGGCGCUCGUGACAUCCUUCGGAAUCUUCAAGUUCAUGGCGUGUUACAGUCUGACGCAGUUCAUCUCAGUCCUGCUCCUGUAUUGGAUCGGAGCAAAUCUCACUGAUGCCGGGUUCCUGGUCAUCGACUUGUUCAUCGUCACAUCUCUGAGUAUCACAUUCGGUCGGACGGGCCCAUGUGCGGAGCUGGUGAAGGAGCUUCCGCCGUUCAGUCUAUUAGCCGUCGCCCCCAUCUUGUCCAUACUGACCCAGAUGGCCAUACAGCUGGGCGUACAGGUGUACUGCUUCCUCCAUGUCAUGAAACAACCCUGGUUUGUGCCCUACAUCGACAACGAGGACGACUACUACGCUAGCUACGAGAACUCCGCCGUCUUCCUGGUUUCAAACUACCAAUACAUCACGCUGGCGGUCGCCUUUUCUAAGGGAGCGCCAUUUAGAAAGUCUAUAUUUUCCAAUUACUUGUUCCUCCUGAACAUCGCUGUCUGUUUGGCCGGCUGUUUGUGGAUCUCUACAGAGCCCACACAGGGACUAGCGGACAUACUUGAGUUGCUGUCGUUCCCGUCCAUACCUUAUGCCAUGGUGCACGUCGGCAUUGCUCUCUUCAACUUCCUGAUUUCUAUCUUGGUUGAGACAUACGUGAUGGACAACACUUCUCUCCAGCAGAGCUGUCGAAAUUUCUUCAAAAACUGUCUCCCUUCCUCGAAGACAAAAUAUGCCGCCAUUGAAGACGACAUUUCAGGGAAUCCAUCAUGGCCGCCGGUGAGCCCGUCAACGGUCAGCCUAGCCGUGAUCUUCCAGAGACUGGACAGUGCUCACCACGUUCCAAAGGAUCUCAACACUGCUCCAGGGAAAGAGGUACUUGAGGAUCUCAUUGAAGAAUCUGACAUUGACCCACAGAUUACCAAAUCUCUGGAGGGAGUGACCCACGACCCAAGGAGUAUCACAUCUCCAAACGGGGUGACCCCGGAUCUUACCCAGACUGCAACAGCAAACUACCCCCAGAGGCAGAUAUCGUCAGGGGAUGCCGAUUACCACGUGGGGCGGAUGGAAGCUCCCCUUCUAACUAAUGACACUUCAUGUUCCAACUGCGGGAUAGAUAAUCCCGUAUUGACAACGGUUGAUGACAACGGCAAAUUCACCACGACCUUCUGAUACGACUUGACCGUGACCUUCUGUUCCGACGUGACCUUGACCCCUAACAUUCACUCACAAAUACAAUAAUCCUCCAAGUCAAACUUUUUGCAGUGACAUAUUUAUGUCACUAUUUACAAAACGAGUGAGUGGGUAUUGUUUUACGCGAUUUUAAGCAAUAUUCCAGCAAUAUCACGGUGGGGACACCAGAAAUUGGUUUCACGCAUUGUUCCCAAGUGGUGAAUCGAACCUGGACAUUCAGUGUGACGAGUGAACACUUUAACCACAAGGCUACCCCACCGCUCCUUUUACACAGCUGACAUUACUCAGAUCAUACACGUUGUACUCAAGCAAGGUGUAUGAACCCGCUCUGAAGUUCCUCAUCUGCUACAGACUUGUUUACAACCAGACUUUAUUCAUUCAAUGUAAACGAAUCCAACUUGAACAGAUCCAUCCGUACUUUGAAUGGCGUUUGAAUGACGCCCCUCCCCCAUCAUUUAGUCGUGAUUACUUUGCGACAUCCUUCCCAUUUUUUGUUUUGUAGUAUUCUUUCAUUUGUCACAGUUUUUUAAACAUACUGCCAACAGAAGAGCGGUCAAAAUUAACGUCGGUCCUAAGGCCCCAUUACGACUGAAAACCACUCUGACCCACAGCUUUUGUUUUCUGCAGGUCCUUAUGGCCAUGUUUGCUGGGGAUUACUUAUACUGUAGCUACAAUAUAGGACCUACACAUUCUGAUUUAUGGUUCUGGGUCCUCAUGGCCUGCCGCUUUUCAAGGAGAUAUAUUAACAGUAUACUGUAAUCCGAAUACACAGUGCCUUUUAUAAAGUGGUCAAAUGUCACAUACCGUAUUUCCUCUGAUAAGCGCGGGGAGUCUAAUAAGCGCCGGGGGUAAAUCAGUUCGGUAACAAUUACGGUAAUUACCCCCAGCAGGCGCAAAAGCGCUGGGCCUCUAUUAAGCGCGAGGUAUGGAAGUCCGUUGAUAAAAUAAGCGGCCGGGAGCUUAUUAGAGGAAAUACGGUAUGUUAAAUUCGGGAUUACAAUUUCUCAGUAAAGUACAGAUUCUAGUACUUAGUUGGGGACUCACCAACAUGUACUAUAAUCGGUUCGUAUACUUUUCGGAGAAAGUGUAACUCCAAAUAUAGCAUAUGUAGCAGUAUACUGUAUUGGAUGUGAAAUUCAUUAUAUGAAAAAUCUAAACUAUUGUACUGUGAAAAUAUCGUGAUGCGUAAUGUAUUGUGAACAAAAUAUCAUGAUGAGUAACGUUUGUGAACAAAAUAUCGUGAUACGUAACUAUUGUGAACCAAUAUCGUGAUACGUAACGUAUUGUGACCAAAAUAUCGCGAUACGUAACGUAUUGUGAACAAAAUAGCGUGAUACGUAACGUAUGGUGACCAAAAUAUCGCGAUACGUAACGUAUUGUGAACAAAAUAUCGUGAUGCGUAACGUAUUGUGACCAAAAUAUCGCGAUACGUGACGUAUUGUGACCAAAAUAUCGUGAUGCGUAACGUAUUGUGACUAAAAUAUCGCGAUACGUGACGUAUUGUGACCAAAAUAUCGUGAUACGUAACGUACUGUGAACAAAAUAUCGUGAUGGGUAACGUAUUGUGACUAAAAUAUCGCGAUACGUAUCGAAUUGUGAUCAAAAUAUCGCGAUACGUAUCGUAUUGUGAUCAGAGUAACACUACCUGUAUCGCGUCGUGAACAUAACAUUGCAAUACUUAUAGUUUCGAGAGAUAGUCGCACCGUGACAUUCCUUGAGUACAUGAUGAUAGAUGAAGUGAACAAAGCUGAGUUGCAUAUUAAACAUAUAAUAAUAGUACUAUCUAACAGAGAAAAGGACACUAAUGAUUUUCUCAACUUGUAAGACUUUUUUAGAAUGUGAAAUAUAUUUGUGUAACCUUAAAUGAAAAUAGAAGAGCUUUGUUAAUAUUAUAGGAGCGGUUUUAAUCAUUUUGAAUUGUAUUAGAAUGGUCAAGUGUUUUGUUCAUGACGUCAUGGCGUUGUGUGACGUGUGUAACAAAUGAACACCCUGAGAUGUGUCAGUGCCCCGUGCAUGAAGAGUAGUCAGGAUUUUACAGACAAAAUAUUUAAUCCUAUAUUAAAUUAACUGAACAUGUGAAUAUACACAAGUCUCAUUUCAUUUUGCUAAAUAUCUGUAUACUCAAUUUGUAAACUGGUGACUUUUAACGUCACCGUCCUUGCGUUUAAUAUUUGGUAAUUGUCAGGAGCGCACAUAAAAUAUAUUGCGGCAAUUUCAGAAAAAAAAGGUACUCGGCAUAUGGAAGUAGACAUAAAAUAUUGAUGUUUACUCUCUACACAGGAUCAAAUGGCAUUUCCGAAAUGUAUUUCCGAAUAUCAAUGAACAAGAAUAGAACUUUUUCAAGGCAGACAGAGUGGUGUUUUUGAGUUAGAUAUUAGUAGUCAGUAAUUCCAGAUGCAUCAGUAGAAAAUGACACCGACAUAGUAUUAGAGGUUCAAAUAUCAGAAUAUUUUGUCUCAUACAGGACAGAGAAGAAUUAGCACCAUAUGGUGGUACUUAGAAAUUGUAAUAAAACAUUUUUCUACAACUGGA